UAUAUAGUAAUUUCACACUUAAAUUUAGAAAACCCCUUCAUUCACUCAAACAGUACUAGAUCUUGUGAUCUUACUCGAGCAAUUUUCCAACCUAUAAACCAAGAAAGUUCUGAUUUUUUGUACUUUUCAAGAAACUUCAAGUGUUACAUAAACAUAAACAACAGUACAAUUGUUAGCAAAAGAUGAUACAAAGAGUGCUUCAACUUCAUUUCAAUGGCAGAUUGUAAACUCACCCUUCUCUCAAUUCUUCUUAUAUUCAUCAUCUACAUAUCACAGUCUCUCUCUUCUCUCUUGCCAGAGAUAAAGAAGCAAGAGGAUCAAGAACCUUAUGUGGGGAUAAACAUUGGAACAGAUGUAUCAAAUUUGGUAUCACCAGCAGACUUGGUAUCAUUUCUUCAACUACAAAAAAUCACCCAUAUUAGACUAUAUGAUGCGAAUUCAGAUAUUCUUAAAGCUCUUGCAAAAACCAAAAUUAGAGUCAUGAUUAGUGUUCCCAACAAUCAGCUUCUUGGAAUUGGUGCUUCAAAUGCUACUGCUGCAACCUGGAUUGGCAGAAAUGUUGCUGCUUAUUACCCACAAACACUCAUUACUGCCAUUGCAGUUGGUGAUGAGGUUUUGACUACUGUACCCUCUUCAGCACCAAUCUUGAUUCCAGCAAUUGAAUCACUUUAUAGUGCUUUAGUGGCCUCAAAUUUACAUACCCAAAUCAAGAUUUCCACUCCUAAUGCUGCUUCCAUCAUUCUUGAUCCAUUUCCGCCUUCUCAGGCAUAUUUCAAUCAGACCCUAACCCCGAUUAUUACUCAGUUACUUCAGUUUUGUUCAAGAACUAAAUCACCCCUUAUGAUGAAUUUGUAUCCUUAUUAUGUGUUUAUGCAGAACAAAGGUGUUGUUCCUCUUGAAAAUUCGUUGUUUAAGCCUUUAACGCCUUCGAAAGAAAUGGUGGAUCCGAAUACUUUGCUUCAUUACACAAAUGUUCUUGAUGCUAUGGUUGAUUCUGUUUAUUCUUCUAUAAGUAAUUUGAAUUUUAGUGAUGUAGUGGUUCUUGUUACUGAAACUGGAUGGCCUUCAAAGGGUGAUUCUAAAGAGCCAUAUGCUACGAUAGACAAUGCCAAUACUUAUAAUUCGAAUUUGAUUAAGCAUGUUCUGGAUAGAAGUGGAACUCCACUUCAUCCGGAAAUUACUUCGAGUGUGUAUUUGUAUGAAUUGUUUAAUGAGGAUUUGAGGUCGACUCCUAUUUCUGAAGCUAAUUGGGGACUGUUUUAUGGGAAUUCGACGCCUGUGUACUUGCUUCAUGUGUCCGGAAGUGGUACAUUUUUGGCUAAUGAUACUACAAACCAGACGUAUUGUAUUGCCAUGGAUACAAUUGAUGCAAAAACAUUGCAAACUGCCUUGGAUUGGGCUUGUGGACCUGGAAGGGCGAACUGUUCAGAAAUUCAACCAGGCGAGACUUGUUAUCAGCCCAAUAAUGUAAAGAACCAUGCUUCUUAUGCAUUUGAUAGCUAUUAUCAAAAAGAAGGGAGAAAUGCUGGGUCAUGUGACUUUAAGGGUGUGGCCAUGAUCACCACUACCGACCCCAGUCACGGGGCCUGUGUAUUUCCAGGCAGUAAGAAGGUAGCAAAUAAUACGACAAGUACAACAGUGAAUGCAACACAAGCCAGUGGCGCAGAUCAAAUAAGAUUUAUAAGUCUUCAUGACACAAGAAUAAGUGUAGCUGGUGGAGGUUUAUUUGUUCUUUUUAUUGUCUCCUACGCCCUGGUAUACAGUGUGUUCCUUUUAUGACCAAACUCGAGGAAACUAGAUGUCAUCUCUGUGAUACGGGGUUCGCGAUUUUAUUGAUAUGUUUGUAAAAUUGAUGUAACUACAUUCUGAACAUGGAAACCGGGAUUACCAGAGUCUGACGUGGAACUAGCACAUCAGGCAUCAAAGAAGUGAUGAGGGGAAAAUUUUGAGCCAGAAUAAUGAAAUAGAUUAGCUUCAGUGUUAAAAAGUUAGUUCUAUAAUUUUUUAUUUUGGUUGCCAAAGGGCCCAUAUCUACCAAGUUCACUAAAUGUGCAGUAUGCUUUUCUUCUACCUUAUGUCAUUCAUUUCUAUCUAUAUGGAAUAAAAUGAUGCAUUUUUAGUUUAUAAAGCUUUUAUUUCA